AUGCUUGCAAUAUUGGGAGAUCCCGGAUAUUACCAAAAAAAAAAAACCUACGAAACAAUGAAUCAUUGUUUGCAGAUUAUCGAUUUUAAAGAAUUACAACAGAAACCACCGGCUUUCACGAAGAAUGUUUUGUUAUCUGGAGUAAGUCGAAUGCGAUAUGCCGAGUUACGAAUGUGCGCCAUCACGAAAAAAGAGCUUUCAGUUCUGAUCUCGACUGUGAAUCGUUUUUUGUUUGAUUUUUGA